ACGAAGAAGCGAAUUCAAAAAUCCGCUCGAUGGCAGCGCUCUCGUUACACUUCAACCAAUCGCGUUCGUCGAUAUGCAAGUGCCAAACAAAACUGGCAAAAAGAGAGCUAUUAAGAAUCUCCGUAAGGUUGUGAACCUUGCAAAGAUUCAUUUUUGAUAUAUCACGCCGAUCCGUGAGUUGACAGUUUAUAACCAAACGAACAACAAUUGAUGCUUCGAAGUUGAAGCGGUAUUACAAGUGGUACUGUUAAAAACAGGUUUACUUUACAAAAAUGUUCCGAAAUCAGUAUGACAGCGAUGUCACAGUUUGGAGUCCGCAGGGACGUCUGCACCAAGUGGAGUACGCGAUGGAGGCUGUCAAGUUGGGUUCAGCAACAGUAGGUCUUAAGAACAAAACACACGCUGUUAUUGUAGCUUUGAAAAGGGCAACAUCAGAGUUGUCGUCCCAUCAGAAAAAAAUAUUCCCUAUCGACAAACAUGUUGGAAUCGCCAUGUCUGGUCUCACGGCUGAUGCCAGGAUGCUAAGCCGGUACAUGAGAACGGAAUGCUUGAACUACAAGUACUCUCAUGACAACACUUUGCCAGUCAGUCGCCUUAUUACAACUUUGGGAAAUAAAAUGCAGACCUGUACUCAGCGUUAUGAUAGAAGGCCUUAUGGUGUUGGUCUUUUGGUUGCUGGCUAUGAUGACCAAGGACCACACAUUUAUCAGACUUGCCCAUCUGCCAAUUAUUUUGAUUGUAAGGCUAUGGCAAUUGGUGCCAGGUCGCAAAGUGCGCGGACGUACUUAGAAAAGCAUCUUAGUGAAUUUCUAGGCUCUGACCUGGAUGAACUCAUCAAGCAUGGUUUGAGAGCAUUACGUGAUACACUGCCAAAUGAAGCAGAUCUAUCUAUAAAGAACGUUUCAAUCGGCGUUGUGGGUAGAGGUACCGAGUUUUCAAUUUUGGAUGAGACGGCAACUCAGGGAUACCUGUCUCAAAUCGAAGGUGACGAUAAACGAGGCAGACCGACUGAGGGUGAAAUUGUAUCUGAUGACCAACCACCACAAGAUCCUCCAUCGGACCCUGGUCACAGAGAUCCUGUAGUUGCAGUUGGUAGAGAACAGAGAACGUCCGCCAUGGAUACAGAAUAAUUAAAGUAACUCUCCCGCUAUUUUGCAAUUUCGGUUUUUCAUUAUUAUUAUAAAAGAAUAAAGAUUAAUAUGCUGUCACUGUUUCUUAAUAUAACAAAAAAUAUUUA